GGACCCGGUCCACCACGCCCCAUCCGUCACCGCCCCGGCGAAACGGUCCGCUUAAUUAAUGAACGCGUCCUUACAUGAAGAAGCCUAUAAAUUCAUACGAAGUCAAUUCAAACUCUAACUCCAAAACCAAUCACAUUCGCGCAUAUUGUAAGCUGCUUCUUCUUCUUCUUCUUCUUCUUCUCCCGUACUCGAGCGAUGUCGACGACGAUGAUGAUGAGCAAGGGGACGAGAGGCGCGCUGCUGAUCCUGGGCCGGUGCAUCAGGGCGCCGAUCAGGGCCCUCGGCCGCGCCCGCGACUUUUACGUCAGUAGCAUGACGGGGUGCGCGGGCGGCGGCGGCCGCGGCGGCGGAGGGGCUGUCGUGGCGUCGGCGAUCACGCUCAGCGCCGUGGCGGCGCGCAGCCGCCGAGGCAGCCGUUCCCACGGCUACGGAUCGGCCGGCGACGGCGGCAGGGACGAGGAUUUCGGCGAGCUCGUCCGCGCGGCGUCUCGGCGGGCCGAGGCGGAGAGGGCGGCGGCGGCGGCGGCGGCGGCGGAGGGGCCGAAGCGGAGCCGGAGCGUGGCGGCGAUCGGGAGGAUCGACGAGGACAGGGAGUGCGAGUUCGGAGGCGGCGGAGUUGGUGAGGGGAAUUGUAAACUCGGGGUGGGGAUGAGGAGCCGGAGCUGCGCCGUGGGCUCGAGCAUGAGCAGGACCGGGAGGGUCGGAGACUCCCUCAACUUCUAAAACUUUUAAUUUAAGAAAAAACAGAAAAAAAAAAAAACGACCGUCCCUA